AUGGGCUGCGUCCUCACGACGUGCAGCGGUAGCAGCGACCCGCCGGCGAACGGCUUCCGCCAGCAGUUUCUCCUCGGCGAGAAGAUCGGCGAAGGCGCCUUCAGCGUCGUGCGCAAGGCCAUCGAGAAGGCGUCCGGUAAAACGUUCGCGGUCAAGUGCUUCCGCAAGGCCAAGCUCUCGGAGCAGGAUGUCAAGGACAUUUACCUCGAGGUCGACCUCCUGAAGCAGAUGAGCCACCCGCACGUGCUCAACCUCCACGCGUUCUUUGACGAGGCCGAGUACUACUAUACUGUCAUGGACCUCGUCGAGGGCGGCGAGCUCUUUGAUCGGAUCGUCGAGAAGGAGUACUACACGGAGAAGGAGUGCCGGGACUUGAUCAAGAUCCUCCUCGAGACGAUCCAGUACUGCCAUGGCCUCGGCAUCGUCCAUCGCGACCUCAAGCCGGACAACAUCUUGAUGACGAGCCGGGACGACGACGCGUCGAUCAAGAUUGCCGACUUUGGCCUCGCCAAGCAAGACGCGAUGGAGAACAACAUGAUCUCGUCCUGCGGCACGCCCGAGUACAUUGCGCCGGAGAUUGCGCGCAACGUCUUCUCCAAGGAGAAGACGCCGUACGGCAAGGCGGUCGACAUUUGGUCGAUUGGUGUCAUCACCUACGUGCUUCUCUGCGGCUACACGCCGUUCCAUGCCAACAACCAAGUGCAGCUCUUCCGCAAGAUCCUCAAAGGCCACGUCGAGUUCAACUCGCCGUACUGGGACGACAUCUCGGCCGACGCCAAGCACUUUGUCUCCAAGAUGCUCGUCGUCGACCCGACCAAGCGAGCGACGGCGGCGCAGCUGCUCGAAGAUCCGUGGGUCGUCGGCCAAGACGUCUCGGACGCGCAGCUGCCAGGCGUCAUCAAGCGCAUGAACUCGCGCCGCCGCCUCAAGGCCGCGAUGGCCACGGUGCACAGCACGAUCGCGCUCUCGAAAGCCAUCGGCAAGGGCAGCGAGAAGGCCACGCGCCUGCUUGGCGGCCUCGCCUGCGCGGGCGGCGACGGCCCCAUGCAGGCCAUGGCUAUGGCGACGACAUGGAUCUUAUGCACGUGCUUGGUAGCCUCGGGCAUCUUGGCCUUGCUCGAAGAGCAAGACGACGUGCUUCGCGCGCACGCGCUCCAGAAGCUCCACGACGUCGUGGACCAUUACUGGGCCGAAAUUGCGGACGCCGUUCCGCUCAUCGAAAGUCUCUCGGAAGAAGACGCGUUCCCGCACCGCGAGCUGGCGGCGUCGGUCGCGUCAAAGUGCUUCUUCCAUCUCGAGGAGUACCACGAUGCGCUUCGCUUGGCCCUCGGCGCCGGCAAGUACUUUGACGUCAACAGCUCGUCGCCCUACACAGAAACGAUCAUUGCGACGUGCAUUGAUGAGUACAUUGCCAUUCGCACGAGCGCGGACCCGGCGCCGCUGGACCCGCGCCUGGUGGCGAUUGUAGAGCAGAUGUUUGACCGGUGCUACGCGUCGGGCACGUACAAGCAGGCGCUUGGCGUCGCCCUCGAGGCGCGCCGCCUCGACAAGGUCGACGAAAGCUUGCGCAAGUCGUCCGACGUCAGCGCGAUGCUCUCAUAUUGCUUUGAGAUUUGCCGCACGAUGGUGACGAACCGCGACUUCCGCCUCCAGGUCAUCAACGUCAUGGUCGCGGUGUACAACUCGCUGCCCGUGCCCGAGUACUCGAACGUGAGCCAGUGUUUGCAGCUGCUCGACAAGCACAGCGACGUGGCUGUGCUCCUCGCGUCGCUCGUGCAGCCGACCAAGCCGCUCGACGACGCGCUUGUUGCGUACCAGGUCGCGUUCGACUUGGCGGCCAACGACAACCAAAAGUUCCUGACCAACGUGCUUGGCGCGCUCCCGGAGACUGCGGCCAACGACCGUCUGGCGACGCUGCGCACGAUCCUCCAGGGCGACUUUUCCGUCGACCUCUUCCUCGACUUUAUGUUUCGGCAGUCGGACGCGGACCCGCUCGUGAUGAAGCAGAUCAAGGUGGCGGUCGAGAACCGCAACUCGGUCUUGCACAACGCGGCGGUCUGCAGCCACGCGCUCAUGCACUGCGGCACAACUGUUGACACGUUUCUGCGCGAAAACCUCGACUGGCUCGGGAAGGCGAGCAACUGGGCCAAGUUUACGGCCACGGCCAGCAUCGGUGUCAUCCACAAGGGCCACACGCGCGAGAGCAUGAACCUCCUCGCGCCGUACCUGCCAUCGACGCCGGGCGUGCCGUCGCCGACCUCGAACCCGUACUCGGAGGGCGGCGCGCUCUACGCGCUCGGCCUUAUCCACGCCAACAAGGGCUCGUCGACGACGCUCGAGUACCUCCGCGCGGCGCUGCGCAGCUCGGGCACGGACGAGGUCGUCCAGCACGGCGCGUGCCUCGGUAUUGGCCUCGUGGGCAUGGCCACGGCCAACGCGGAGAUCUACGAGGAGCUCAAGAACAUCCUCUUCACGGACAAUGCGGUCGCGGGCGAAGGCGCGGGCCUUGCGAUUGGGCUCGUGCACUGCGGCGCGGGCGACACGCCGGUGGGCGGCGACAUGAUCAAGGAGCUCUUGAGCUACGCGCACGACACCAAGCAUGAAAAGAUCAUCCGCGGCGCCGUCAUGGGCAUUGCGCUCAUGCUCUACGGCCGCGAAGAGCACGCGGAGGCGGUGAUCGAGCAGCUCACGCGCGACAAGGAUCCGAUCGUGCGCUACGGCGGCGUGUACACGAUCGCGAUGGCGUACGUGGGCACGGCCAACAACCACGCGGUCAAGCGGCUCCUGCACAUUGCCGUGAGCGACGUCAGCGACGACGUGCGCCGCGCCGCGGUCACGUGCCUCGGCUUUGUGCUCUUCCGCACGCCGGCGCAGGUCCCGAAGCUCGUGUCGCUCCUCGCCGAGAGCUUCAACCCGCACGUGCGCUACGGCGCGUGCAUCGCAGUCGGCAUUGCGUGCGCCGGCACCUUCAAGAACGAGGCGAUCCAGCUCCUCGAGCCAAUGCUCGACGACGCGGUCGACUAUUCGGACGGCCGGUCGCCCAAGGUCAAGGAGAUCACGGAGAAGAUGCGCAAGCUCACGUCGGACAAGCACGUGACGACGAUGACCAAGAUGGGCGCGGUCCUCGCGCAGGGGCUCCUCGACGCGGGCGGCCGCAACGUGGCGAUCUCGCUCCAGUCGCACACGGGCUUCACCAAGAUGUCGUCCGUGGUCGGCCUCGCGCUCUGGGCGCAGCACUGGUUUUGGUACCCGCUGCACCACUUUAUUGAGCUCUCGUUCCAGCCGACGGUCGCGAUCGGUCUCAACAAGGACCUCAAGAUGCCCACGUCGUUUGGGCUGACGUGCAACACGAAGCCGUCGGCCUUUGCGUACCCCAAGCGCCUCGAGGAGAAGAAGGAGGAGAAGAAGGAGCUGGUCGCGACCGCGAUUCUCUCGACGACCGCCAAGGCCAAGGCGCGCCUCGCCAAGCAGGAGGCCAAGGACGCCGCGCCGGUCGUGGAAGACAAGCCGGACGAGGAGAUGGCGGCGGCGACGCCGGCCCCCAAGAAGGUCAAGGAGCCGACGUCGUUUACGCUCAAGAACCCGGCGCGCGUGACGCUCGCGCAGGAGCAGCACCUCGCGUUCGACUGGAGCCAGCGCUACGUGCCGGUCGUCGCCACGCGUCGGCCCGCGGGUAUCAUCAUUCUCAAGGACCGGACGCCAACCGACGCCGAGGUGGUCGUCGCGGUGCAGGCGCCGUCGCAGGGCAACGCAGGUGCCGAGGAAGAAGCCGAGCCGCCGGCGCCGUUCGAGUGGGAGCCGCCGGCCCCGUAA